AUGGCUCUGAGAUCCCAAAGCAAAGCCAGAAAGUACAAAUAUCCUACCUUCUAUGAACCAUAUGGGCCUAGACCACCAGCUUUUGACAAAAUCAUUCAGUUUACAGAAUGUAUUGCAGCCCUACCCACUAAAGAGUGUAACCAAAUUGGUCCAACACUCGAGGUGAGACUCACACAUCCUAAGAUGCAACCAAUCUCGGUAGAAGGCGUGGACUUGGGGCCAUCCUCAGGAUCUGCAGAGGCUGAAAAGAAGGCAAAGAAAAUGGCAUUUGAUGUUAAGUUGGAAAAUUUUGAUGUAGCUGCAAAAAUCAAGAUGAUCAAAGAGAUCAGGAAGGUAGAAAUGCUAAUAGGCCACCUGACAAUACCCGUUUGGGGAACGUUAAGUGCCGGAGUCACUAAAUGGUUAAAUUGUCAAUCUUAA